AUUAUAUCCGACAUAACUAAUAUUAUUUAUGUCAAAUUAAAUAGAUUAAUAAAAAAAUUAAUUAGUUAUAUUUGACAUUAUAUAUUUAUUUGAUUGUGUCAUGUUAAUAUUUCACAUUUACCGAAACGAAAGAAUUUUAAUUUAUAAAAAUCUAAUCGACGAAACUUUUAGAAUGUAAUAAAGUUUUAGAAAAAUAACAAUCAUGUACUAUACUCAUGUUUCGUGCAAUCUUCCGUUCGUAUUACGUUUCAUUGAUCAUUCAUAGUUCGUAUUCGAUCACUUACGGACACAUUUAGGUUAUACAUUUACAGUAUUAGAAUGUUUGUGUCAAAAGUUAUGCGUAAUACCGUCAAUAAAAAUAUUAUCUUUUCUCGUUUUUUGAAAGAAAGACGAAAAUUAUAUUCUUGUUCUACGGACAAAGUUAAUUCUGCAAUUUCAUCGAAUAUUUUGCAAUAUUCUAGCGACAGUCCUUCCAAGUGUUGGAAUUGUAAUUUUGCAUACAAAUCAGAAUUAUUUUGUUCGCAAUGUAAGACUCUCCAAGAAAUGCCAGAGAAUUUGAAUUACUUUGAUAUUCUUGGUAUCAAACUCAAUUAUAAUGUUAAUAAUCAAGAACUUCAUGAAAAAUAUAGACAGUUGCAAAGUAUGUUGCAUCCUGAUAAAUUUGGUAAUAGAAAGGAGAAAGAAAAGCAAAUUUCAGAAUCAUUAUCCUCUUUAUUAAAUAAAGCCUAUAGUACACUAACGCAUCCAUUGAAAAGAGGAUUAUACAUGCUUCAACUAAAAGGUAUAUCAAUUCCUGAAGGAACCACAAGUGUAAAUCCUGAAUUUUUAAUGGAAAUUAUGGAAAGAAAUGAGGAAAUAGAAUCAGCUUCGAAUGAUAAGGAAGAAGUAAUUCGAUUAAUGCAAGAAAACAAAAUGAUACUACAUAAACUUUCCAAGAAAGUAGCAGAUGCUUUUUCUAAUAAUGACACGGAACAAGCGAAAGAAGUUCUCAUGAAAAUGAAAUAUUAUAGCAGUAUUGAAAGUAGAUUAAAAGCACUAAAACAAGAUUUAGGUAUUGUAGAUUAAAUUUACUUAA